AUGGGGUGCUGCUUUAGUAAAGAGCUCAACCCCGGCCUACAGAAUGAAAGGAGCAGUUUAAUACAGUCUCCACUCCACAAUGGACUGAAUGAGGCAACGGAGCAGGUCAGGCAACAUGCUGCCUCUCUAGCUCAACACGUGUGCUUAGAGGAAGAGGAAAAGUGUGUGCGGGAUGGACAAACGGAUGUGAAAGCUUUGGAAGAUGAGGAAGGUCAUCCAGAACUGAACAGCGGAAGUUGGACUGAGGCUGUUAUGUCCAGCAGGGACUGUGACACACAGACUGAGAAGGAUCUUAAACCGGCAACCCCUCAUGAGGAAAAGGAGGCUAUUAUUAUCGCGAACACAAAGACAAAUACGGAAACAAUUGCUAGUGUAACGCGCAUUGACAGGCCCAGCAGUGGACCGGCUCCUUAUUUGGAAGUGCCCACAGAGAGCCCCUCCAAACAGAGGAUUUUGGACAAUUCAAAACUUAAAGCUUUAUGGUUCUGUCAGCUCCCUGAGAAGCAGACAGCAAGCUAUCAGCCAGCCGUUGCAAACCUGACCUCCACUGCCGGCAGGCUCAAGGAGGGAGGGAGCCCACACGCCCAGCCUCGAGGGGUCAGCGUGCGUCAGGAGACGCAGGGGGAGCCCUCCGAAGCAGCAGGCCAGGAGGAGGAUGGCGGGGAAGCCUCUAUCAGCACCGCAGAGCUUUGCCAUGUCACGGAAUCCAAGAGCCGGACCUUCUACAGCAUAUGUUCCAUUGAUGCCGAGGACCUCGAACACGACAGAGAAAACAGCCAGCUGCAAGCAACUGGAGCGGCAGGGUCAGUGUGCGGAGCUGGAGCAGAAGCAGAUGUUCAACCCUGCAUCGGGGAACAUCCUGUCUCCAGCCAGUCACGGGCGUUUAAAGUCUCGGAGCCCUCAUCUGUCGAAGACUCUGAAAUGUCUAGCAAGUCUCAUGAUGAGGAAGUAGUUCAUUUGCAGUCGCUUGCAGCUAAAGAAGUUAACACGCAAAUUUCACUAUCAGCAGAGCAAACUGCCUCACCAGAGCAUGCCAUACAACAAGGGGACGCGAGGCCCCUGACCAGCUGCCAGGACCCUCAGGCAUCCAUACCGGACAGCUGUCAGUUUAAAGUGUUAGACUGUCUUGCAAAUGACGCAGAUGCAUUCGCCUGCCACGUUUCAAAUGUCACAGUGCCAGGCAACAGUGAAUGCACACAUGUGGAGGUGAAGGACAGAUGUGCCGAAGCUGGCACGGUAAAUGCGUCAGAGCAACGGGGUCAAGUGAGAAAUCAAUAUAAAAUUAAGCAUUCACCGGAGGAUCAAAGGGCAACAAAGCGAGGCCGUGAAGCGACAGAGGAAAGAGUGUUUGACUCCCAGGAGAAAGUAGAUCAGGGCUCAGACUCUGACAGUGGUCCUCAUCUGCAUCAGUCAGAAUGCAAAGCAAAGCAGGACGUUAUCAGGUUCAAAUCAUCCUCUGAAACUCCUGAACUCAACACUUACUCGCUGAACCCCACGUCUUUCAAUCCCUACAUCAAACUUCAGCAAAUGGAGGCGGAGGAGAAGGAAGAGAAGGAAGAUGAGCUCCAUUUUCCUGGACAGCAGAUGGAAACAGAGAAGUCCUCGCUGCACAGUGCGGCUGUUCCUGUGACUAUCCACAGGGGCUUCAGUCCAGAGGACGGCACUGGUCACAGCAGCACAGCUGCUACGACUCUCACUGAGGUGUCGUCAGUUUCCACCAUCUCUUCCUCGUCUUCACCCCCCACUAAGACGGCUGUUCUCCCGGCCCACGCAGAUCUGACACAGAUCGACAUGGUUCAGCAGAGUGGCUCUGUCAGUUUACAGGCUUAUUCAAAUCAGAAGGUGUUUGAGCUCAGAAACCAGGAGGCUGAGGGGAUGAUGUUUGGUGACUGUCAGAUUAACGACACCAGUGGUUUAAAAACUGGAAGUGUCCCCAUUGAUGGAGGCUCCAAACGGGCAGAACCAGAAAUUUAUCAGAAACACAAGCUUGCGGAGAGAUCUCAUGUUUUUGCCAGUUUACCUGAAGUAGGCCAAAACACUUCCAUACCGGAGACGGAUAACGAAAAAUGUUACCGCUUUCCUGAGCAAUCCGACGACUGUGUGAGUGAAAAUGAAAGCAGCUCUCCUCCCGGCCCUGAGACACCUGAGACGAUUGAGAAUUACAACCAUUGUCCUCUCACUCAGCCUCCUCCUGCUGAAAAAGAGACUUCUGCUGCAACGUCUUCCACUGUGCCUCCUUCCCAUUUCUCCUUUCAAACAUCUGACACUGAAGUUGGUGCUGCUGAGAGUGGAAGCAGACAAAUUCAACAGGCGGAUCCAUCUAACCACGAAGCAGAGGAGACCACCGCUGAGCAGCUGACCUGCACAGAGCAGCUAGUUGGGAACCCGGCAGAUAGAGUGGAGCAGAAUGGUUAUUCCACUCAAGCAGCCUCUGAACCAACAAAAAUAUGUCCCUCCAGUGUUUCCUCAGACUGUGUGAACCCUCUAUCUGAGACUGACAUGCAGCAGAGUCUGCCUGAACUGGAAGACUCGUCAAAUAGAAAUGAUCAGAUAUAUUAUGUGAAAAUGGAGACUUCCCCAGUUGAGCUUUUUGACACCUCAGAUGCCCCCAGCACAUGCGACGGGUCCAAAAUCUCGGACGAACAUCAGAUAAUCUCUUUCUUGAGCUCAGGAGAGGGUCACCCCAUGACCGCCGUGGAUCCAGAUCAGAUUGAUAUUUACGCCUCGACUCCGUCUUAUGAGAUUCACUAUCUGGAUCAGGACGCGCCCCCUGCUGCCGAAGAAAGCGAGAAGGAGGGAGGAAUGAGGGAGAUGGUGUCUGAGCUACUGGGAGAAGAUGCAGACUCCUCCGUCUGCCACCUCUUCCCCAACCCCUGGCUCAGGCUGGGUCUGGUGGAGAGCAGUGAGGGGUGGGCUCAGGGGGCCUCUGAGGGGGAGCCAAACCGGGGCGACGGCCAGAAGGACAGCAAAGCAGAGCUGAUCCCCCCAGGAGUGUCAGAGCUUCAGCCUACCAUGGCUCUGCUGGGAGCCUACCCCUACAGCACUGUGAUGCCUCAUGGAUCCUGUGUGUGGGACUGGCACACAGAUUGCUCUCAGUCUGGACCCGUUGCUGCCCCCAGCCUUAACCCUGAUGCCCAGGUAUGGACAGAUCCAAACUUCAGCUUUAAUGUCGCUGAAGCUGGAUACCAGCAGCCUCAGCAGCCAUGGCUCCAGGCCCCCGACGACCUCGCCAAUCAGGAGGGAUAUGUGCCAGAGUUUCAUAUGAGCAUGGGCCUGACUGAAAGUGAUCCCAAUCCAGUGGAGUACCAGGCACUGACGGCUGAAGCUCCUGUAGCUAACGGAGAGCCCACUUACCCACCUGUUACAGAUGAGAUCAGAGAGGAACUGAGCAGAAUUCUGGAGUCCUGUCUGACCAGGGAGCACCUUGGCAGCGAUCUGUACCUCCAAUCACAGAUGGACAAUGACCAAUACGUCCCCGUUGCAACUCUGGCCAGUUUGGACAAGAUCAAGAAUCUCACCACAGACCUGGACCUCAUCUCUGAUAUUCUGAAAUCCAUGCCGCUGGUCCAGGUGGCCCCAUGUGGGCAGAAAGUCCGGCCCACACAGAGCCGGUGUGUUGUCAUCCUGCGGGAGAUUCCUAACACCACACCUCAUGAGGAGGUGGAAGCUCUGUUUGAAGGGGAAAACCUGCCCAAGUUCGUGAGCUGUGAAUUUGUGAACAACGAUAACUUGUUCAUCACCUUUAAAUCGGAAUCUGAUGCACAGCAGGCCUACAAGUACCUCAGAGAAGAGGUCCGGGUGUUUAAAGGAAAACCGAUCAUGGCCAGGAUUAAAGCCAAAACAAUGGCCUUCGUUUCUCACAACCCAAAAAAUGGUUACAGACCCAUCCAGAUGGACCAGUGCAGCAAUCAUUAUGCCUCCUACUUACCCUCCACUACGUUCCAGCAGCCCUGCCCCUCCCACAUACCCACAAAGCAGUUGUUUGAUAUCAGUAGUGACUUGUGGUCUUCAGCCGCAACAGGUUACCAAGAAUGUGCCGAGCAAUCCCACUUAAUGAUGAAUGACUUGAUCAGUGGAUUGGCGGCAGUUGCCAACUUCAAACCAUACAACCAACAGAGGCAGAGGAGGGGCUCAAGGCUGUCAAACUGUGGAGAUCGUUGGCACAAUGACUCCUCCCAGUCGUCAGAGCAGCCGUUGGUGGAUCACACCUCUUCUACCACGAAGCAAGCCCGAGGCCGCUCACGCGGUGGUGUGCACCGGCAGAGCAGGGGUGGACGGACCGAGGCCAACCGGCAGGUUCAGUCGGCCUCUUCUGAACGGGGAAGAAGAGGGAACUUCAGCAACAGGAGAAGAGAGCAUGCAAGGUCCUGGGAAAGAUCUUCUCAGAACAGUCAGAAUCCAUCCUCUCCUGUCCGCCAGUCGUCUCCUCCUCCUGAGCUCACUCUGACCAGCUUCCCUCCUCUUUCCACGGGAAACGCUGCCAUAGCAACAACAUCAGCAACUGUUAGCAACAUCGAGGAUCCAGUCCAAAGCAGCACCUCCCCACUGCCGGCGGUAUCAGAGGAGCCUCAGCCCGUCGCACAGCAGAGUGAGACUGGGAGUGCAGAGAUGACCAGUGAGGCCAAACCAGGGCUGCUUUCAGAGGAAGCAGCCACAGACUCCAAGAAACCAAGCUAUGCUGAGAUCUGCCAGAGAGCAUCGGGCAGUGAGUCUGGGCUGCCCGCUGACCAGUCCCCACCAGCCGCCAGCCAGGCGUCUGAACCAACUCCUCCGGUGAUCUGA